AUGAGUGUAAGAUCAGUAUUAAAUUAUUUUAACAAGGGUUUUUUGAUUUGCGGUGUUGGUAGUAUAAACUACAGCCAGAGCAAUUUCAAGGCGUCGGUGGCGUUUUAUGUCUUACGGAGUAUAAUAAUUUCUUUUAGUUUAUAUAACUUCUACAUCACCAACGUAUGGGUAAUAAUUGACUCAGAAUUGUCUGAACUAACGUCUUUAAUACUAAUCAGUUGUACUGAAUUAUAUUAUACUGGAAAUAUCAUAUGUUAUUUUUGGAGAGUAUUCGUCGAUAAUCAGCUUUCUAUGGUAUUGAAUAAACUUGGAGCAAUUCACGAAAAAUUGAUACGUCUGAAAGUGGUUGGCCCGAUGAAAAUAAAAAUGAAUUGUUAUUUCAUUAUUGGUGUUAUUCUAUAUGUCAUAGGAAAUAUUAUAACUCCUCUCGUAUGGGUAUUAUUUCAAAACCAAUUUGAAAUAGAUCAUAUGGUCUUCUUGAUGGUUUUAACUGUUUGCGAAUUCGCUGUAUUUAACGAAUACAUACUUCUAAUUUCAUACAUAAAGUGGAUGGUCUAUGUGAUAAAUGAACAAAUUCCGGAAAGAAAAUCAUGCUUAAGCACAUUCAGAGACAUGUAUUUGGAAGUUAUAGAAUGCUUACACCAAGUCAAUAGAUCAAUAUAUGGUUUGCCGGCUAUCGUUGUUUUUAUUGCAGGAAAUAUCGCUGAUAUCAUUAUUACUAUAUACAGUUGCAUAUUAUUUCCUAGAGACUAUGUCAAUGAUCCAUAUUUUGUAUUUUCUUUUACGUACUUGACAUUGAAAUGUGCCAAACAUUUAAUUUUAUACAAAACCGGGGACGCUACCGAAAAAGAGAUAAAUCGGGUGAGUGAUGUCUUAUAUCAACGAUCUGUAAUAGAAAGAAACCCUAGAAUUAAACGUCAGAUCAAAAUUUUUUUACUUCGAAGAUUGCACGAUCACUUUAAUUUCGAGCUGUAUGGAAUAUGUCAUAUUAAUCUAAAGCAACUGCAUAAUUUAUCAAGCAAAGCAAUUGGUUAUUUAAUGAUUCAAAUAUUGUUCAAAUUGAAUAAAUAA